CGCCAUCAGCUCUCCUCCUUCCAUCACGACAUUCUAACCUCAAGGCGCCGCUGCACCCAUGGCAGCUUGAGUUGCUGAGGCCGCCUGGUCUCCCCUCCUCAAGCAUAUUAUCGUCAUGGAAUCCAGUGAAGAGUUGCAAUUGCAAGAGCUCACCGUCCUCCAAUCUAUCUACGCUGAAGAUUUUAUCGAAACCCCGCCUCCCAAAGCGUGGAAAGGCGCGCCCAGACUUCAUGAAUUUACGAUACGCGUGCCGCACCCCGACGGAGAGCACGCGAGCAAGAUAUGUUUCCAUUUACAUGUUAUAUUUCCGAAAACCUAUCCCACGAAAGCCUGCCCGACGUUCACGAUUCAAAAGCCGAUCGUUGGGCUGAGCAAUGACCAAGUGACGUCCUUAUCCCACGAAAUACAACAUGAGGUGAAUCGAUGCAAGGGAACUGAGAUGACCUUCCAGAUCGUCACGUUCUGUCAGGACUGGAUGUCGAACCACGUCGUCCCGCCCGUCGAGGUCGCGGGCUCGCUCGCCAAUCAGAUGACGCAGCGCGCGAUGGAGGAGGAGCGGAUCCGCAAACAGCGCGAGGCGGACGCGGCGGAGCAAGAGACGGAGCGCGCUGCCCGGAUAGCGCAGCAGUUGGAGGCAGUCGUCAAAGCCGACGCGCACAAGCAGGCACUGGCACGGGAGCAGCAGCAUAGAGAUCGUCAAAGGAAACGCGCGGGCUCCGAAGCCACGGAGGUUCCUGUCACCGGGGACACGCCGACCGAGACGUUCAGUGAGGCCGUCGUCGUGGACGGCAUCACGUUCCACUCAGUCAACAUCUUCCACCCACGUCCUGAACGUUUAGGCAUAUCCUAUGCCGCUGAUGCGAUAUGCGACGAUGUAACGGCGUCAUUGCCGAUGCGAUUGUUUAUCGUCAGAUUCCCAUCCCAUUACUACAUUACGAGCCAAGGAAAGAAGAAGCUGAAGCAAGUUGAGGCUGAAGUGCGGAGGCUGAUCACACUUCGGCAUCCCAACCUGUUGCGGUUGUUCGCAGUCAAGCUUUCGUUCCCACACGCCGGUGCGCCGAAGCUGGCUGUGCUGUACGAAGCACCGCCGAGAGUAACUCUGCGAGAUCUGCUCGAGGACUGUGACUGCAUUAGAGAGGAUCGGGUGUCGGAAUACCUCGUCCAAAUCUUGUCUGGACUGAACAGCUUACACGUAGCUGAUGUCGUCCAUCGAGGUAUAUGCGCUGAUACCAUCGGGAUUACUCCCAGACCACGAACGGUGAAGUUGAUGAAAGCUUCUUUUCACACAAGGCUGCUCGACUUGCAUCGAUCGAAUCCAUUUGGGCCGGAGAUCGCUGUUGAUACGGAGGAGCCGGUCCUGCCUGACCACUGGCUCUUCAAGGACUGGAAGAAUGACUCGGCAUUGGUCUAUACUCGUCAUCGGGACAUGCAUGCGGUUGGGAUCGUGUUGAUGCAGAUGCUCUUGGGCUUGGAUGUGACGGACCGCUACCCGGAUGUGUACUCUGCGUUUCGGGCUUCCACCAUCUCCCCCUGCCUCCAACGGCAGGCCCUCAAUCUUCUCUCUCCUUCCAAGAGGAAUCCGGUCUCGUGCAUCUCCGUCCUCGCGGACUUGGCUUCAGCCCCGCUCACUGCAGCGCUGCCUGUGAUGAAGAAACCUCGGACGCCGAUGCCCGGCAAGUUUGGGUCGCCGGAGAAUGACUAUUUCAUCCGCCCUCCCCAACGGGACCGACAAAGCAGCCGGUGGAAGGAAGAUUGGGAGGAGCUGGAGCUGUUGGGCAAAGGUGCCUUUGGCUCUGUUGUGAAGGCACGGAACAAGAUCGAUUCGCGGAUCUACGCUGUCAAAAAGAUCCGACUGAGUACGACACACAGCGACAUGAAGAUCUUCCGCGAAGUGAAUGCCCUGAGCCGACUGUCGCACCGGUUCAUUGUGCGAUACUUCACGACCUGGGUCGAGACCGCAGAGCAUUCGUCCUCGGCUGCAGUCUCGGACGACUCCGAGUACAGCGACACUGGAUCAGAGGACGAUUCCGAUGAAGAUGACCGGAUGACCGCGGGUGGAUCACCGUGGCUGAGACGCGGCAACAAGAGGAUCCUCUCGUCCAGCGGAGACCCAAUUGCGUUUGAUUUGGAUGAUCUGGAUGAUGUCGGUGGAUCGGGGUCAAGGAGCUCCUUCCCCAGCAUCCAUUUCACACGCUCGUCGUCGCCUAGAGACGAGGAAGGGGGGAGUGAAGAGGAGGAGGAGGAGGACGACGACGACUCUGAUUCGGAUGAUCCUUUUGUUUUCGAGCCGGAUGACGCGACUCCGCCGCCCUCGACUCCGCCUGUGGUGGUGUCACGGACCUUGUAUAUCCAGAUGGAGUUCGUUGAGCGGCAGACGCUGAAGGAACGGAUCGACGAGGGCCUGUCAGAACAAGAAGCAUGGCGGCUGUUCCAGCAGAUCCUCGAAGCGCUUGUGUACAUGUCGUCCCUGGGAAUCAUCCACCGCGACAUCAAACUGACCAACAUCUUCAUCGAUGCCAAAGGCGACUGCAAAAUCGGUGACUUCGGGCUCGCGACGUCAAACCUCUCUGCGAUGGAGCCGGCGAACCCGAUGCUUGCCCCGGUAGUGCUGGAUGCUGAAAUGACGCUGGAGGUGGGGACGCGGCUCUACAUUGCACCCGAAGUCCAGUCUCGCAAGCGCGGACCGCGUAACCAUGCCAAGGCCGAUAUGUACAGUCUCGGGAUUGUGUUCUUCGAGAUGAACUACAAGUUCAUCACAGGGUCCGAGCGCAUCGCUGUGAUCGAGGGACUGCGCCAGCCGCUGAUACUGUUCCCCGCCAGCUGGGAUGCGCGGUUGACCAGACAGAAGCAAAUCAUCACACGCCUGUUGGACCAUGAUCCAGACACCCGGCCGACUGCCUUGGAGCUGUCGCAGAGCUCGCUGCUGCCGUCUCGCAUCGAAGACGAGUAUUUCAAGGGCGCGCUCGGCAUGAUGGUCAAGGCCGACUCGCCCCACUUCCAAUCCGUGCUCUCCUCGCUCUUCAGCCAGCCGCAGCCGCCUGCGCGCAAGUUCCUGUACGACAUGGAGUGCGAUCUCCCGGAGCACGCCUCGCUGAACGAGAUCGUGAAGGAGCGCCUGACGCACAUCUUCCGCCUCCACGGCGCGGUGGACUUUGAGCCUCCGCUGCUGAUGCCUGUGGUUGAUCCGGAGGAUAGGAAGAUCGGACGGGCUGCGUUCAUCGACCGAUAUGGCGAGAUCGUGGCCCUCCCUCCGAAUCUGCUGCUUCCGUUUGCCAGACUGGCGGCCAAAGGUGGGAUUUCGAGGAUCAAGAGGUACCACAUUGCGAAUGUCUACCGGGAGGGCGACGUUGCGGGCCACCCUAAGUUCCAAAAGGCAGCGCUGUUCGAUAUUAUCUCGACGGACAUGGCCUCUGGACCGCUCGCGUCGUCUGCGGAGAUCAUCGCCGUUGCAAACGACCUUCUGGACAGUUUCCCGAAUCUGACAGACGGAUAUGAGAUCCACAUAUCGCAUUCCUCGAUCGUGCGGAUCAUCUGUGAGCGCAUUCCCGCGGAUGUGCGGAUGUCGAUCAUGGAUAUCGUUGGCAACAACAAGUCGUCGACGUCGCAGAAGAGAGCGCUGCUGCUCAAGAAGGGAUUGCUGAGGAGCACUGCCGAUGAGUUGGAGACACUGGCAGAUCCCGAUGACGAUAUCGACACAUUCCUCGCCAAACUCGACAAGGUGUCGUCUUCGUUGACCAACCUGCUGCGGCCGCAAGUGGAGGAGAUCAAGGAGAUCAUCCAUUACGCGACCGUCGCCGGUGUAACGCGUCCUAUCAUGUUCCAUCCGUUGAUGCUGGGAAACCACCACGCCCAUUACAAGGACGGGAUUCUGGUCGAGGUCGUGCGCAAGUCGAAGAGGACGGAUGUUCUUGCUGCGGGUGGUCGAUAUGACCACAUGAUCUCCGAACAAGCCACGCCAGGCCAGAAGCUGGAGUCGAUCUGUGCGAUGGGCCUGCAGAUUGCCGUGGAGAAGAUCACCGUCGCGCUGGCCGCGUACCAGGCGUCGUCCGUGCGCGCGCUCGUCAAGCAGGAGCGGUCGUUCGGAUUCUGGAGCCCCCGGCGCUGCGAUGUGUACGUCGUCUCGUACCAUCCAGGCUAUCUGCAGGAACGGCUCGAGGUCGUGGCGUUUCUCUGGGCGCACGGGAUCAGCGCGGAUCUGAUGUACGAGUCGGGCGUCGCGGAUGUCGAGAACGAGGACAUAUGCGCGCGGGAGGGUGUCCUGUUCUCGGUCUACCCGCGCUCUCGCCGCGACCAGCUGGCGUUCAAGGUCAAGAGCAUCCUCAAGGGAACCGAGUACGAAUUGACCCGCCAGGAACUCAUCGGGUGGCUGCAACAGCAGAUCGCGGAGCAGAAACGCAUCGAUGCCAGCACGUCCGGGGCCCUGCGGUUCACCGACGUCCCGGGUGCGAGCGCCGCCGCUCCCGUCGUCGAGAAAUCGGGCGUGCAGCUGCUCCUUCCGCCCGUGGACGUCAAGAAGCAGCGCAAGCACGUGAAACAGCUCUUCAUGGACCGCGCGUUCGAAACGGGUGUGGAGAUCGAGAGCGGCGUGCACGACGGGAUGCCGAUCCUCGCGAUCGACGUGCCGCCCGCUGCGUUCGAUGCGAUGACGCGGAGCAGCGCGUGGGUCGCGCAGGACGACGAGGCGUGGAAGGCCGUCGCGGGGAUGCUCCCGCAGUGGGCGUACGCGCAGCAGAUCCGCGACGCGGUCGCGAAACGCAGGAGCGAGGGCUUCAAGUACAUGCUGCUGUUUGCGGUGCGCGAGGAAAGGGUGCAGCUGCUGAAGCUGGCUGCGUGAUUUUUGUUUGUUUGUUAUGUGAUAUGGUCGGAUUUGCAUAGAUCGACGGCUCAGUGUAUUUUACUUAUAUCAUGCAUUUACGACUCGACCGGCGGUUGGAGAUUCAAAUUCGACGUGGUGAACAGGUCCAGACGAGGCAGGCCUGUAUUCACUCUGGAUUAAUAACGCUGAAGUUAUGGUUUUGUAUUCGUCUACUUGUAACGACACAUGUGAGAUGCCAUCAAUGGUUGCAGAGAGAUCUAACCGAGUCCUACAGCUCCCCAUACAUCCACUCCUCCUCAUCCACAGCCCCCGCCCUGCUCUUGAGCUCCGAAAGAGCGCUCUGAAACUCUGCCGCCCUCAUCAGGCGCCGAAAAUCAAGCGCAGUCCGACGCACACGCACCUUUCAGCUUGUCCUCCAGACCCUCCGUCGAAGCCGAUGCGCCCUGCUCGUCAAUCCAGCGCACGUGCUCCCGCACGAGGGCCAGGAUCUCCUCCUUAUCCACAUCCUUGAGCCUGUGACCCGCGCCGCCCUCGCCCUCGAACUCGCUCCGGGUGCCGAACACCAGCGACGAGAGCGUGUUGAGCGUCUCGAUCCGGCGGCGGUGCUCCUCGUCCUGCGCCGCGAAGCGCGCGCUGUCCGCGAGCAUCUCGUCGAUCUGCGCCUGCGACAGGCGCCCGCCGCUCGUGAUCGUGAUGCCUUUCUGGUUGCCGCUGGUAGAUGGUCAGUGCGUGCGCGGGAGCAGACGAGAGUGAGGGCUACGCACGUGCCCUUGUCCACCGCGUUCACGCUACGGGGAACGUCAGCAGACGCAGACAACAGUCGGAAAGGAGCGAGGGCUCACGUGAGAAUACCAUUCGCAUCGACCCCAAAGGUGACCUCAACCUGCGGGACCCCUCGCGGCGCCAUCGGAAUCCCGGAUAACGCGAACUCGCCGAGAUGGUUGUUGUCCUUGGACAUCUUCCGUUCGCCCUCGUACACUUGUAUCAACACGGUCUCCUGGUUGUCCGCCGCGGUCGAGAAUCUGUGCACGGGUCACUAACGCGUCAGUUACAAAACCGGGGCCAUGCGCACACUUGAGAUUUCCUCGUCGGGAUCGUCGUCCCGCGGGGGAUUACCGGGGUGAAGACGCCGCCGGUCGUCUCGAUUCCGAGUGUGAGUGGCACGACAUCGACGAUGAGUGCGCCGGUUUCCUCGCCUGCGAGGACCCCGGCUUGGACAGCGGCACCGAAGGCCACUGCUUCGUCGGGAUUGAUGCCCUUCGACGGCUCCUUCCCAAAGUACUGCGUCAGAAUCUCUUGCACUUUGGGAAUCCGAGUCGAUCCACCGACGAGGACGAUCUGGAGCAAGUUGGGGUCAAUGAAGGGCAACGACAGCAACACACUCCUGCGGACCUGAUCGAUCUGCUCUUUCUUGAUGCCGGCGUCCUUCAGAACACGCUCAAUGGGCUUCAUCGACCGCCGGAACAGGUCCAUAUUCAGCUCCUCAAACUUGGCCCGCGUCAGCGUCUCCAGCAGAUCGUUCCCAUUCUCAAAGCUGUCGAUCUCGAUCGUCGCGCUCUGCUGCGUCGACAGCACCCGUUUCGCUCGCUCGACCUCCCGCUUCAGCUUCCCCAUCGCGCGCGCGUUGUCCGUCACGUCGGUGCCCGUCUUCUUUUCGUAUGCCUGCACCAGGUGAUCCAUGACGCGGUGGUCAAAGUCCUCCCCGCCGAGAUGGGUGUCGCCGGCGGUCGACAGGACCUCGAACACGCCGUCCUCGAUCGAGAGCAGCGAGACGUCGAACGUGCCUCCGCCGAGAUCGUACACGAGGACCUUGCUUUCGCCGCCUUGUUUGUUGAGCCCGUAGGCCAGUGCAGCGGCGGUCGGUUCGUUGAGGAUCCGCAGGACAUUUAGCCCAGCGAUCGUCCCUGCGUCUCGAGUCGCUGAACGCUGAGCGUCGUUGAAGUCUGUCAUCAAAGUGAUUACAGCGCGGGUGACCUGUGUGCUUUAAUCAGGCGAUGCAAUCGUCGGCAGCCAAGGCGGAGCCCACCUUCUCGCCGAGAUACGCUUCGGCCGUCUCCUUCAUUUUGGUCAGCACCAUGGCACUGAUCUCUUCCGGAGUCUGCACUGGUGUCAGGGCAUCAACGACCUCGGCCACGGAGGACACGCACGAAGUCCCGGGUCUCUCCUUGAUACCGAAUCGAGAUCGCAGGUUUCCCGUCCACGUCGUUGACCCUAAAAGGAAAGUGCUUGACAUCCGACUGGAGCUGCGGAUCGUCCAUAGUCCUCCCGAUGAGCCGUUUCGCGUCGAAUACCGUGUUGCGCGGGUUGUUGUGGAACGCGCUCUUCGCGCUGUCGCCGAUGCUGCGGCGUGAUGGGUCCAGGGUGAGAGGAUGCUUGGAGUUCGGAAGAGUGGCUUACAGGCGCUCGGUGUCGAUGAAGGAGACCCACGACGGAGUGAUGCGGUUUCCUUGGUCGUUUGCGAUGAUUUCGACCUGGCCGUUGCGCAGAAUGCUGUAGGUCGUUGGUCAGUCACGAUCGCCUCAAUUGGUGAAGAGUCAAAGCACAACGCACCCGACGCAUGAAUAGCUGGAUCCAGCGGAGAAAAUAGGUAUUAGCAAUGGAGAGAUGGGGUGUAGGGUGGCUCACGUAGUCCCGAGGUCUAUUCGAUGCGGGGAUUGUCAAUAGCUGCCAUGAUCCACUCAUACCAGCCACUCACCAAUGCCAAUAACUGCGCCAUUGUCGCGUUUCUCAGCGUUCUCUUGCCCCUCCGCCUUGACAGAAACCGGGCAUAAACAUAUGAGGGCCAAGAGCGCGAGAAAGAUGAAAGCGGCUGUCGUCAGCGUGGAUCGCGCCUGUGUGCGGGUGAGGCGACGCCGACGAGCGAGGUGCUUGAGUUGGGACAUGGGAGUGUGUUUUUAGGUGGUGGAGGUGAAUUGUAGCCAUUGGUCAUUCAAGCAAAGGGCUUUUGUAUUACAAGUGAACGAAGCAAGACGUGUCGAGUGCAGAUACGUGUUCUAGGACACGUCGGCUGAGCAGAAGGUUGCCAAGCAUUGAGGUGCGGGAAAUGACAGGAACUGACUCGAAGAGAUCGUUGUGGAAUGAUCUAGAACCUCCCAGCUCAAUGCGGCUCAUGUGACAUGUCGCCCACAGAUGAGAGUGGAUCAAGCUGUGCAGUCCACGGAGAUGAUAUGGAUGAAUGAUGAUAUGAGCCUAGUUGAUGGGGUCCCGAUCUGUAGCUCAAUGACAUCAGCCAAUUCAAUGACGGUCACGUGAUCGCGAGCCGCCAUCAUCUGGGAAUCGGAUGCCCUACUCUUACCGCCCGUCUUUCUCACUCACAAGGUCUCCUUGGAAGAUACUUACAACCGCGGUGGGAAAUGGCACUGGAAAGCAGAAGAAACUGACUGUUCCCAAUCGCAAGCGCUUGACUGACGAACAACCGGCGAGAUGAUUGCGGCUCAUGGCCCAUGUCUGUGGAGAAAAGCAAAAAAAAAAUCAAACAAGAGGAAAGGAGAAAGAUCGAGGGAAAAGGGAGGUUACAUUAUAAUUCAUGUUUGAUAAUGGGACUUUUUGAGCAAAAUAUCGUACUUAUCAUGG